AUGGGCUCGUUUAUGGAGGAUCUCUGGUCUAGCAUCUUUACCCCGGGUCCCACCCCCUCCCUCCUCAUAGCGACCAACGUCACCUUCGCCGCCCUCCAGGCUCUCCUCUUCGCCCUCCUGCUAGCCACCUAUAGCAUCCACUUUUUUGUUUUGUCUAUCUUGUCUGGCGCCCUAUGGUGGUCCAUCAACUGGUUCGCUCAGGAGCUGAGGCAGGUGCAAGCUCAGGAAGCGGAGAAAAAGAAACAAUCGGAGGAGGAGCCUGCAGAGAGCCAAGCCAAGUCAGACGGCAGUCGGAAAACCCCGGCGACUCUCGACAGUGCCGGGAGUGAUACGGAAACAGAGCUUCUGACGGAGCACAAGGGUGCUGCUGCCACCGCUUCCGCUCCUCGGUCCCUCGCCGCAUCGGCAACUCUUCGGCCACCUGAGGAACAAGGCGAAAUUCGGAAGCGUCUGAGCGUUAGCGGCGAGAGCUCCGGUUACCAAAGUACCGAUAGCGACCGCCGACGCGUCUUCAACUCCGUCCUCCCUUCCGCGUCCCUAGAAGAUUUCCCAUCCGCAGGCCUCGCAAUCGGACCUACAACCUCCACUCUCUUUCCGACAUUCUCCUCCGGGACGAAAACCCGCGAUAGCAGCUCGCAGUUCCGAUCUUCAGUGACGUCAGAUAAAACCGACAUAGAUGAGCCAUGGAUGGACCAAGCGACACUGGAUCGCGCCUGGCAGGUUGCGACAACCUUUCUUGCCAUACCGGACUGCGGGUUCGACAUACUCUACCGAUAUGAAGAUAUAGGAGAGGCGAAAUUCUUGCGAUUGACGAAUCGCGAUAAGAAGCCUUCGCGGGAGGUGAUUGAGGCGUUUGAGUACUUGAUGAAGCCUUUUACAAUGGGAUUGGACGUGGCGGAGGAUAUGGCGCAAAGGAACAUACUGGAUUGGUAUGCGUAUGAGAUGCGGAGGCACUUUUUGAAGAAUUUUAGGGGCGGGCUGUAUAAGGUAGGAUGCAAAUCUGGGGUUCUUCAAAUUAUGUGCGUGGUGCUGAUCGUGGAGUUGCUACAUAAGAUCGUGGACUGCUUGCAGUUGGCAAGGAGGUUAUACUUUUCGCACUUGAUGGAAUAUCUGCUGCCGCUUCUGGAUACUCCCGAUCAGGAGCCUAUGUUCGUUAAGCUCCGGACGUCCUUCCACAUGAUGGUGGCUUAUGCGUUGCCGUGGUCGUUGAGGUCCACGUUGCUGACUCAUGUGAUCACUACGGAGGCACUGGUUAUCCUCGGAAUUGAUAAGCUGGGUGAGGAGAGAGAUGCGGACGAGUCAGGGAGCGUUGAUGACAUGGAGGUCGAUCGGCAAUUCUCGGUCUCGUACCAGGACUGGCGAAAUGAGCCCUCUGUGGAUGCCAGAAUGAUGCUGAUGGCCGGAGAGGAUGCGCGUGUCAGUGCGUCUCGAGAGAUCCUCCUGGUGCUCUUUGAUGGGCUACAGAUGGUUGGGAUGGGCGGCGAUAAGGCGCAGAAGGUCUUUGCUAGUGUCAUGGACACCAUGCUGAGCGAGUUCAUUCGAGCGGCAUACACCGGGCAAUGGGGAGGGCCGUCACUAGUCGUCCAGCAUUUACGGCACUGGAUUGAGAAUGUUUUCGCGCGGCUGGUCGUGCAAGUCCUAGCAAUUAUCAACACCCCCGAAUCUGGUGUGAGGGAACCGGAUAGUCUCGAUGUGAAUCUGAGUGACGUGGAGAAGUGGCAGGAAAUCGGAAUUUCUCGCCUCGGGGCUCUCCGGGCAGGCGAACUCUUUGAUAUCAUUGUUGAGUGGCCUGCGAGCAGUGGAGCUAUCGAAGAUUUACGACACUUUACUACAUAUCCAGCAGCGCGGUCCCACCUGACGCACUCUUUUAUUGCCGUUCUCAAUCAACGAUUGCUGCACCCAGGUGCUUCUACUGUCGAAAUUCUGCAGGUGUAUAUCUCCAUUAUACGAGCAUUCAACCUGCUAGAUCCUAAGGGGGUGCUUCUGGAUCGGAUUGCUCGGCCCAUUCGCAGAUAUCUUCGCGACCGCGACGACACAGUCAAGGUCAUCGUUGGCGGACUCUUGUCUGACCCGGCCGAUGCUGAUGGACAAACUGCUUCACACACGGAUACACUGGUGGAGUUGUCAGCUGAAUUGACCAAAGCACACCAGAAUUCGCUGCGAGCUGAUAGUGGGGAGCUCGACUGGGAUGACAUGAACUGGGUACCCGAUCCGGUCGACGCGGCACCAGACUAUCGGAAGUCGAAAACUUCCGACGUUAUUGGAAGCCUUAUCAGUCUGUUCGAGUCCAAGGAGAUGUUCGUCAAGGAGAUGCAGAACAUGCUGGGCGAGCGACUACUACAGAAGCGCGCCGACUUUGACCAGGAGAUGUCCGUUCUGGAACUUCUCAAGGUGCGCUUUGGCGACAAUGCCUUGCAAGCCUGCGAAGUCAUGCUGCGGGACAUUUUCGACUCCCGUCGCGUUGACGCUGUUAUACGCAAUGAUCAAGGAUUGAGCGGGAAGCGCAAGGCCGCGCCACUGCCAGUUACUCCUGAUGGUAGACGAGCGCCAGAGGACGAGGAAGACAUGCCAGAGCUUCACGCCAAGAUCCUGUCCCACUUCUUCUGGCCUGAGAUUCAAGGGCUGGAAUUUAAUGUUCCAGAGGAGAUUUCUUCGCUCCAGCAGCGAUACGCGCAAGGAUUCGGAUCGCUCAAGCAGUCGCGCAAGCUCACCUGGCUGAAUGGACUCGGACAGGUCACUGUCGAGCUAGAUCUCGAGGAUCGUGUGUUCAUGGACGAGGUUACCACCUGGCAAGCUACGGUGAUCUACGCCUUCAAUUCUGAGUCGGAUGAGGCCGUGACCAGGACAACGGACGAACUCGCCGGUGAACUUGGGAUGUCGACUGCACUCGUGCGAAGCGCAUGUCUCUUCUGGGUGAGCAAGCGCAUUCUAAUCGAAACACAGCGGGAUACAUUCCGAGUCCUGGAAGUUCUUCCGAGCGAGGAGGGAGAUGCAUCAGGCGGAGAGCCCGGGUUACCUGGCGCAGGCGAUGCGGAGGAUCAGUCUGCAGAAACAGCACAAGCAGCAGCCGAGGCAGAUGCGGCCGCGGCAGCAGCAGCGAAGGAAACGGCCGAAGCGGCGGCGAUGGAGAAGAUGAAUCUCUAUUGGCAAUUCAUUGUGGGCAUGUUGACCAACCAGGGCGCAAUGCCACUGCAACGGAUCGUGAUGAUGCUAAAGAUUGCCGUUCCGGGGGGAUUCCCGUAUAGCAACGAGGAGCUGCGAGAGUUCCUGGCCGGGAUGGUGUCCAAAGGCAAGCUGGAAAUUAUCAGCGGAGGCAACUACAAAAUUGUGCAGUGAACCCCCUAUUAUAUCUACCGAUAGAAGAGGCAAAACUUGUAUGAAUUACGAUUAAUGAGGCACAUGAGGU